AGCCAGCUUUCCCAGGCCCUGAACGGGUUGUCAGACAGAGCCAAGGAAGCAAAAGAAUUCCUGGUCCAGCUCCGCAACAUGGUGCAGCAAAUCCAGGAGAACAGUGUGGAGUUCGAGGCUUGCCUCGUGGCCCAGUGUGACGCCCUCAUCGAUGCCCUCAACAGAAGGAAAGCCCAGCUGCUGUCCCGUGUCAACAAGGAGCAUGAGCACAAGCUGAAGGUGGUGCGGGACCAGAUUUCUCACUGCACAGUCAAGCUGCGCCAGACCACGGGCCUGAUGGAGUAUUGCCUGGAGGUCAUCAAGGAGAACGACCCCAGCGGCUUCCUGCAGAUCUCCGACGCUCUCAUCAGGAGAGUGCAUUUAACCGAGGACCAGUGGGGAAAGGGGACACUCACACCCCGGAUGACCACGGACUUCGACCUGAAUCUCGACAACGCCCCUCUGCUGCAGUCCAUCCAUCAGCUCGACUUUGUGCAGAUGAAAGUGCCGGCCCCGCCGAUCCUGCAGCUAGAGGAAUGUUGCACCCGCAACAACAGUGCCACCUUGUCCUGGAAGCAGCCGCCCUUGUCGACGGUGCAGGUGGAGGGCUACAUCCUGGAGCUCGAUGACGGGAACGGCGGCCAGUUCAGGGAGGUGUACGUGGGCAAGGAGACCAUGUGCACGGUGGACGGGCUUCACUUCAACAGCACGUACAGCGCGCGCGUCAAAGCCUUCAACAAAUCCGGAGUCAGCCCGUACAGCAAGACCUUGGUCCUCCAGACCUCUGAGGUCGCUUGGUUUUCUUUCGAUCCUUCCUCUGCCCACGCUGACAUCAUCUUUUCUAAUGACAACCUGACUGUCACCUGCAACAGCUACGACGACAGGGUCGUGCUGGGGAAAACGGGCUUUUCCAAAGGGCUCCAUUACUGGGAGCUGUCAGUCGAUCGGUACGAUAACCACCCUGACCCGGCUUUUGGUGUGGCACGCAUCGAUGUCCUCAAGGAUGCCAUGCUGGGCAAGGACGACAAGGCUUGGGCCAUGUACGUGGACAAUAACCGGAGCUGGUUCAUGCACAACAACUCGCACACCAACAGAACCGAGGGCGGGAUAACAAAAGGCGCCACGGUGGGAGUGCUGCUGGAUUUGACCAGGAGGACCUUGACGUUCUCCAUCAACGAGGACCAGCAAGGGCCUGUCGCCUUCGAGAACUUGGAGGGUCUCUUCUUCCCCGCGGUCAGCCUCAACAGGAAUGUGCAGGUGACACUGCACACCGGUCUGCCCGUCCCCGAAUUCUACGCUUCGCGCUCGGCCAUGCCUUGA